CGUAACCCCACCGGUCCCUGCUCUCCCGGCGACCCUUGUUCCCCGCGUGACCCCACCAGCCCUUGCUCUCCACGCAAUCCUUGGGGGCCCGGCGCUCCUGGUUCCCCCCUUGGGCCCAUAGCUCCUACUGGCCCUUGCUCCCCUGGCAAUCCCUCGACACCCGUCGGCCCCCGUACUCCCGCCGGACCCUGCGGACCCGGUUGCCCCGGCACUCCUGGUGGCCCUUGGGCCGCACCGGAUGGCCCCGGCGGGCCGCGCCCACCGUCCGACCCGUCACUCCCAUCCGAUCCUGAAGGACCCUGGAGUGACCCUAGCGGAACGGAAUCCCAUUGCGACCCGUCGAAUUGGUGCACGUUUCCGUUGGCGACAUUAAGAAAUAGAUCGCCCGACUGA